UCCAGAAGCAGCUCAUCACUCACUCCCUCAGUCUCUUCCGUCAAUUCCUCUCCCUCAUGUCCUAGAUUCACCGGAGCACUUUUCUCCUGAGGAACAUGUCAUCGUAACCUCCCCAAGGCGGUUUUAGAUAAAAACACACUUUUAGGAAGCCGGCAACUUUUAAUCUCCCUCAUUUGAAUGGAUGUAGUCAGCCUGCUGUCAUCCUUGAGGAAAAAGCUUCCUCAUUUCCUUUCCGCUCCGAUCCUGGUUCAGGGCGGAUGAUGGAGUGAUGUGUCUCAGGACAGAGAGACUUGUGUUGGGGCUGGAUAUCUGAGCGCUGGGUUAGUUUCAGCUGGGCUUCGGACUUGUGUGUUUUAGCAGACUUUGGAAAGCAGGCUGAAGAGGUCACAUUUGUUCAGAAGUGUGUAUGUUUCUGGGACCGGGUGCAAUGGGUUGCACUGCGAGUGUGAUCCUGUUUGAGGGACUGCGGCGUGUGUUGCACAGGAACUGUGGAUAUGUGUGUAAACCAGAGUUGGAGGCUGAAGAGCCUGAGGAGGAUGAAGACACACUCAGCCGCAGAGAAUCACUUGCAAUCACUCCACCAGCAGCUGCAUCAUCGGUAAAACCAAAAGUGAUCGAGCCGUUGGACUAUGAGAGCGUACUCGUCCAGAGGAAAACUCAAAUACUAAGUGAUGUCCUUCGAGACAUGCUGCAGUUUCCUAUUGAUGACUUUCAGAUCUCCACUUUGAAGCGUCAGGGCAGAACUCUCUACUCUUCAGUACCAGAUGGGGCGGAAAAGAGAGCCAGCAGCCUGCUUGUCCAGGAGUCCAUCAAGACCUACAACUCUGACUGGCAUGUGGUCAACUACAAGUAUGAAGAUUAUUCUGGAGACUUCCGCCAACUUCCAAAUAAAGUUCCUCGGCCAGAGAAACUAGCUAGUCACGUUUUUGAGGUGGAUGAGGAUGCAGAUAAAGAGGAGGAUGCCACCUCAUUGGGCUCUCAAAGAGGGGGCGUGUCCAAACACGGCUGGCUGUAUAAAGCAAACAUGAACAGUGCCAUCAGUGUUACCAUGAGGUCUUUUAAGAGAAGGUAUUUCCAUUUGACCCAGCUGGGAGAUGGAUCAUACAACUUGAACUUCUACAAAGAUGAGAAAAUAUCUAAAGAACCCAAGGGAACCAUCUUUUUGGACUCCUGCAUGGGUGUCAUCCAGAACAGUAAGGUGCGUCGUUUCGCCUUUGAGCUGAAGAUGCAGGAUAAAAGCACGUAUCUUCUGGCUGCAGACAGCGAAGGAGAGAUGGAUGACUGGAUCAGCACCCUCAACAAGAUCCUCCACAGCAGCUUUGAGCUUGCCAUGCAGGAAAGGAGGAACGGAGAACUGCACGACGACGAUGAGCUGGGCAAGACAGACAUCUCGCCGGGGAAUUUUCAGGACAGUUUCCAGAGUGCCAGAGACAUUGAGUCCAAGAUGAGGAGUGAAACUCGUCUGAAACUCUUUACUCUGGACCCUGACACACAGAGACUCGAUUUGUCUGGCAUUGAACCUGAUGUGAAGCAGUUUGAGGAGAAGUUUGGGAAGAGAGUUUUGGUCAGCUGCAAUGAUCUGUCCUUCAACCUUCAGAGCUGUGUUGCAGAGAAUGAGGAGGGACCUACUACUAACGUGGAGCCCUUCUUCGUAGUGCUUUCGCUGUUUGACGUGCAGAACAGCCGAAAAAUAUCUGCGGAUUUUCAUGUGGAUCUAAACCACCCUCUGGUCCGAUCCAUGAUCCCUCUACCCAGCAUGCAGAUAAAUGGAGGGAUGGACACUCCUCAUGGGGAAAUGCUGCUUAGUGAACUGCCGGAGGGGAUGCUGCAGUAUCCCAAAAAAGGUGUCUUCUCUGUGACGUGUCCUCACCCUGACAUCUUCCUGGUUGCACGAAUCGAGAAGGUUCUGCAGGGAGGCAUUACUCACUGCGCUGAGCCCUACAUGAAGAGCUCUGACUCCAGCAAGGUUGCUCAGAAGGUUUUAAAGAAUGCCAAGAUGGCCUGCAGCAGACUCGGCCAAUACAGGAUGCCUUUCGCAUGGGCAGCCCGGCCUGUGUUUAAAGAUGCCUCAGGGACUUUGGAUAAAAGCGCUCGGUUCUCCGCGCUGUACCGGCAAGACAGUAAUAAACUCUCAGAAGAAGACCUUUUCAAACUGCUGGCGGAUUUUAGGAAACCUGAAAAGAUGGCUAAACUACCUGUAAUCUUGGGUAACCUGGAUGUGACCAUUGAUAAUGUCCCUCCUGAUGUGGCUAAUUGUGUCACUCCAUCCUACAUCCCAGUGAGGCCUUUUGAGAAUAAUGGGCCGAGCAACGGUGUUCUGUUGGAGGUGGAGGAGUUUGUUCCCUGCAUUGCCAAGUGCUCUCAGCCUUUCACCACCUACAACAAUCAUCUCUACGUCUAUCCCAAACACCUCAAAUAUGACAACCAGAAGUCUUUCGCCAAGGCAAGGAACAUCGCAGUGUGUGUGGAAUUUAGAGAGUCAGAUGAAGAAGAUGCUCAACCUCUGAAGUGUAUCUAUGGCCGUCCAGGAGGUCCUCUUUUCACCAAACAUGCCUAUGCAGCAGUACUGCACCACCAGCAGAACCCAGAGUUUUAUGAUGAGAUAAAAAUCGAGUUGCCCACACAACUUCAUGAAAAGCAUCACCUGCUCUUCACUUUUUACCACAUCAGCUGUGACAGCAGCACAAAGAAGCGGGACAUAGUGGAGACCCUAGUGGGCUCUGCCUGGCUUCCUCUUCUCAAAGAUGGUCGUGUUGUUAUGAGUGAGCAACAGAUCUCAGUGGCGUCCAACCUACCAAAUGGUUACCUCAGCUGCCAGGAGGGUGUAAGCAAGCACUCUAGUCCUGACAUAAAGUGGGUGGAUGGAGGACGUCCUCUUUUCAAAGUGUCUACACAUUUGGUCUCUACCAUCUACACUCAGGAUCAGCACCUGCACAACUUUUUCCAUCAUUUCCAGAGUAUGCAGUCUGGUGUUACCCGUCCAACUGAGGGUGAGCUUGUCAAAUACCUCAAGAGUCUUCAUGCCAUGGAAGGUCAUGUUAUGAUCAACUUCCUGCCGACUAUUUUAAACCAGCUGGUUCAUGUUCUGACCAGUGCCAGUAAUGAGGAUGUGGCUGUAAACACCACCAGGGUCAUGGUCCACAUUGUUGCACAGUGCCACGAAGAGGGUCUUGAACACUACUUGAGGUCCUACGUGAAGUACGUGUUUAGAACGGACUCCUAUUCAAUCAGUAACGGCAAGACGGUGCACGAAGAACUGGCCAAAGCCAUGACAUCCAUUUUAAAGCCUUCAACUGACUUCCUAACCAGCAACAAGCUACUCAAAUAUUCGUGGUAUUUUUUUGAAGCCCUGGUGAAGUCAAUGGCACAGCACCUGAUGGAAAGUGGCAAGGUCAAGUUGUCCAGGAACCAGCGAUUUACAGCUUCAUUCCACCAUGCUGUGGAGACACUGGUGAACAUGCUGAUGCCCCACAUCACGCAGAAGUAUAAGGACAAUCUGGACGCUGCCCGCAAUGCCAACCACAGCCUGGCUGUCUUCAUCAAGCGGUGUUUUACCUUUAUGGAUCGAGGGUUUGUCUUCAAGCAGAUAAACAACUACAUCACCUGUUUUGUACCUGGAGAUCCCAAGACGCUGUAUGAGUUUAAGUUUGAGUUUCUGCGGGUGGUGUGUAAUCAUGAACACUACAUCCCCCUCAAUCUGCCCAUGCCUUUCGGGAAGGGCCGCAUUCAGAGGUUUCAAGAUCUACAGUUGGACUAUUCACUGACUGAUGAUUUCUGCAGGAACCACUUCUUAGUGGGUUUGCUAUUGAGGGAGGUGUGUGGGGCACUUCAGGAGUUUGGCGAAGUCCGUCAGAUUGCCAUUCAGGUUCUCAAGAGCCUGAUGAUCAAACAUACAUUUGACGAUCGCUAUGCCUCAAAGAGUCAGCAGGCCAGGUUGGCGACGCUAUAUCUACCCUUGUUUGGGUUGCUACAAGAGAACGUUCACAGAUUAAAUGUGAGAGACACGUCUAAUUUUAACACCAACCAGAAUGGGCGAGAUGAACAUUUUACCAGCAUUUCUACAGCAACACCCCAAAAACCUGUUGGUAAUCUUGACAACAGCCUUCAUAAAGAUGUAUUUGGGGUCAUCUCAGGAACUGCCUCUCCUCACACCUCUACGCCCAAUAUUGGCUCUGUGCGGCAUGCUGACUCUCGAGGUUCUCUGGUCAGCACAGACUCAGGAAACAGCAUCCCUGAGAAGACAAAUGAAAAGACCAGUUCCCUUGAUAAGACCCAAUCAGCCUCUGCUCUGGGUAGCUCUAUGCUGCGCUGUGAUAAAUUGGACAGGGAAGAAAUCAAAAACCUGCUCAUGUGUUUCCUCCAUGUCUUAAAGAGCAUGUCUGAAGAUGCCUUAUUUACAUAUUGGAACAAAGCCACAACCUCUGAGCUGAUGGACUUUUUCACUUUAGUAGAAGUGUGUCUACAUCAGUUCAGGUAUAUGGGGAAGAGAUUCAUUGCCAGAAGCCAGGAGGGGGUGGGGUUUAUGGCUCCGGACAGGAAGUCGUUGACUCUUCCUGUGUCUCGUAACAGAGGGGGUGUCAUGCACACACGAUUACACCAGCUGGGCAGCCUGGAGAAUGCACACACUUUCAACCACACGUAUUGCCAUGGUGAUGCUGACGCGUGUCUCCUGGAGGCUAACGUUUCAACGGAAGUGUGCUUGACUGUGCUGGACACACUCAGUGUCUUCAUUAUGGGCUUUAAGACGCAGCUGUGUGCAGAUUUGGGUCAUAACCCACUGAUGAAGAAAGUUUUCCAGGUGCACCUCUGUUUCCUGCAGAUCCCCCAGUCAGAGACGGCAUUGAAGCAGGUCUUCACCUCUCUACGUACCUUCAUUUUCAAGUUUCCCUGUACAUUUUUUGAUGGACGGGCGGAUAUGUGUGCCUGUUUGUGCUAUGAGAUCCUGAAGUGCUGCAAUUCCAAACUGAGCUCCAUACGCAGUGAUGCUGCCCACCUGCUCUAUUUCCUCAUGAAGAGCAACUUUGAGUACAAUGGCAGGAAGUCCUUUGUCCGCACACAUCUGCAGGUGGUGAUUGCAGUCAGUCAGCUGAUCGCUGAUGUCAUAGGGAUUGGAGGAACAAGGUUCCAGCAGUCACUGUCAAUCAUUAAUAAUUGUGCCAACAGUGAUAAAACUGUGAAGCACACUGCUUUCCCCUCGGAUGUGAAGGACCUGACCAAGCGGAUCCGAACGGUACUGAUGGCCACUGAGCAGAUGAAGGAACAUGAAAAAGACCCAGAGAUGCUGGUAGACCUGCAAUACAGCCUGGCCAAAUCCUACACCAGCACCCCUGAGCUCCGCAAAACCUGGUUGGAUAGUAUGGCUAAAAUCCACGUCAAGAAUGGAGAUCUGUCAGAGGCAGCGAUGUGUUAUGUGCAUGUGGCAGCACUUGUGGCUGAGUAUCUGAAGAGGAAAGGAAUGUUCCGACAGGGCUGCUCUGCAUUUCGUGUGAUCACACCCAACAUUGAUGAAGAAGCAGCCAUGAUGGAGGAUGUGGGCAUGCAGGAUGUUCACUUCAAUGAGGAGGUGCUGAUGGAGUUGUUGGAAACUUGUGCUGAUGGUUUAUGGAAAGCUGAACGUUAUGAACUUAUUUCAGAUAUUUACAAACUCAUCAUUCCCAUUUACGAACAACACAGAGACUUUGAGAAACUGGCCCACCUGUAUGACACAUUACAUCGGGCUUACACGAAAGUGAUGGAAGUGAUGCAUUCUGGGAAGAGGUUACUUGGGACCUUCUUCAGAGUGGCAUUUUUCGGCCAGGGUUUCUUUGAAGAUGAGGAUGGAAAGGAAUAUAUCUAUAAAGAACCAAAAUUCACUCCUCUGUCAGAGAUUUCCCAGCGUCUCCUCAAACUUUACUCAGACAAGUUUGGCCAAGAAAAUGUCAAAAUGAUCCAGGACUCCGGCAGGGUAAACCCUAAAGAUCUAGAGGCAAAAUUUGCCUACAUCCAAGUGACGCAUGUGACGCCGUAUCUAGAGGAAAAGGAGCUGGAAGAGAGGAAAACUGACUUUGAGAGGAGCCACAACAUUCGCCGUUUUGUGUUCGAGACGCCGUUCACAGAGUCAGGAAAGAGGCACGGCGGGGUCGAGGAACAGUGUAAACGAAGGACGGUGCUCACUACUACACACUGUUUCCCGUAUGUAAAGAAGCGCAUAGCAGUGAUGUAUCAGCACCACACAGACCUGAGUCCUAUCGAGGUGGCUAUAGAUGAGAUGAGCGGGAAGGUGGCUGAACUCAGAGCCCUCUGUGCAACCAGUGAGGUCGACAUGAUCCGCCUGCAACUUAAGCUGCAGGGAAGCAUUAGUGUACAGGUCAAUGCUGGGCCACUUGCAUAUGCCAGAGCUUUCCUUGAUGAUGCCUGCGCCAAAAAGUACCCAGAUAACAAAGUGAAACAGCUUAAAGAGGUCUUCAGGCAGUUUGUCGAGGCAUGUGGACAGGCUCUAGCUGUGAAUGAAAGGCUGAUCAAGGAGGACCAACAGGAAUAUCAUGACGAGAUGAAAGCAAGUUACAAAGACCUGGCCAGAGAGCUUUCACACAUCAUGCAUGAACAGAUCUCUGCAGUGGAGGGCGGAACCAAGAGCUCUCUUUCUGAUUCGCUGCAUAUUUUCAAUGCCAUCAGUGGCACGCCCAGCGGCACCACCCUGCAUGGCAUGCCUAGCUCCGCCUCCUCCGUGUGACUCCCUGGCCUUAAACCUCUGCCCACAGC